AUGGAUUACACCGGCGGCACCGCGGAGGCCGAUCAUCUCUGCGUCUUGGUCCAUGGGCUUUGGGGUAACCCCAACCACAUGGCCCAGAUCGCCAAAAGCUUAAGAGCAAAGUAUUCCGCCGAUGAGCUUUAUCUGCUGCUUGCGAAACGCAACAGUGGCUCGUUCACUUACGAUGGUAUUGAGCGGGGUGGCGAGCGCGUGUGCGCCGAGAUCGAGGAGGAGCUCCGCCUGAUCGAGGAAAGGGGCGGCAAGAUCACCAAGCUGAGCAUCGUGGGGUACUCACUUGGUGGGCUCGUCUCCCGCUACGCUGUGGGCCUGCUUCAUUCCAAGGGCAUUCUCGACACCGUGGAGUGCAUGAACUUUGUCACAUUUGCGACUCCGCACCUCGGCGUUCGCACGCCGCUGCGAGGAUGGCACAACCACUUGUGGAAUGUGCUUGGCGCUCGCACUCUGUCCAUGUCCGGCCGUCAGCUGUUCACCAUCGAUAACUUCCGCGACACGGGCCGGCCGCUGCUCGCCGUUCUGGCCGACCCGAACUCCAUUUUCCUCGCCGGCCUGAAGCGCUUCAAGCGCCACACGCUCUACACCAACAUCGUCAACGACAGGAGCGCGGUGCACUACACCACCGGCAUUUCCAAGACCGACCCGUACACUAACCUCGACAAGAUCAAGUGCAACUUCUUGGAAGGCUACGAGGAUGUCAUUCUCGACCCGAACCACCCGGUUGCGCCAAAGCCAAAAGUCUCGGAGCCGGCCACCCUCUCGUCGGUUGCCGGCGCCGGCUGGAAGUGGAUUCAGCGCGUGCCCUUCGCCCUCGCCCUCACCAUUUUCGUCCCCAUUGGCAUCGUCGCCUUCCUCAUCAGCUCCGUCGUCCAGACGGUCCGUUCGUCGAAGCGCAUCCAGCUGCACGAGAAGGGCCUCGCGGGCGUGGCGAUCGACGAGUACCGCGGCCCCCUGUGGAUGAAGGAGAUCCGUGAGGAGGUGGAGCACGUCUACGAGACGCUCAACAGCUCGCAAGACCAGGAGUACCUGGCGAGCGAGACGGACGAGGACCUCGACGAGGUCGAGAUGGACCGCAGCACGACGCAGCUCCUGGCCCGGGAGAGGCGCAUGUCAGUGCCGUCGCAGCCCACGCUCGCGCUGGCGCCCUACCAGUUCCAGAUGAUCCAGAACCUCGACUCGGUCGGCUGGCACAAGUACCCCGUAUGGAUCCACAAGGACCGCCACAGCCAUGCCGCCAUCAUCGUACGCUGGGAGAAGAAGAGCUUCACCGAGGGGCGUGUCGUGCUUAAGCACUGGCUGAACGAAGAGUUCAUGGUUUAG